GAUAAACCCUUAGGGGGGAGGGGCGACAGAGAGCUGCUGCAGGUCUCUCUGGUCUGUUCACUGAGCUAACUAAAGUCCAUCAACGAGCUAGUUAGCAGACAUGAUGAACGCUCUCUAGCAACAAGAAAACAUGGACUAAGCUAACUAGAGAUUUACUCCUGUGUGUUGACAAUCACUCUCCAUCUGAGGAGCAUCUCAGCUGGUUGUAGUCUGCUGCUUCAUUCAUGCGGUCGAGAGGAGUUUGAGCUCCGAGUGGCGGGCAAAGCUCAGUCAUCAGCUCGCUGGAUCAACUGGGACAACACGGCUCACUCACCGAGUAAGAGCAUGGUGGUCCCGGACAGUGCCAGCGUGGUCCCCCAGGCUGACAAUGGCAGUCCCGCUAGCCUCAUGGAGAGCUCCAAGCCUGGGUGCGAGGAGGAAGAAGAGGGUCAGGACCUAGCAGGGGUGGAGCUGGAGGAGGUCCGAAAGCUGCAGGAGCUUGUCCGUAGGUUGGAGGUCCAGAAUGAGACCCUGCGCAACAGAGGGAGCAAGACCAUCAUUCACAGAGGAGCCGGCGGCAACAGCAACCUCACAGCCGCUGUCAAUAUCAAUGAGAGGCUGGCUUGUGAAGAGGUGACCAACUCUCAUCUCAGGUUGGAGCACGGUGGCGAGCUGGUGGGCAGCUCGGACUUUGAGCUGUCGCCCGCUCAGGACAGCAGCAGUGGCGAAGACAUGUCCCCUCUGCCCGUGGCCAACAGGCUGGAUGAAGAGGAGGACCAGGGUCCAUGCGGGGGCUUUCUCACCCUGACCUGCAGCAACGGAGCAGGACAGUUGCAGACGCCAGAGAGCCCCUCUCAGGGAAGUUAUGAGUCAGAGACACUUGCAGAGAGCGACUCAGGGGUGGACCAAACUGCACUGGAUGAGGUGGAUGUCCUAGAUUUGGAGGAUGAGUGUGCAGAAGUAGAGGACGAGGACAGCUGGUUGUAUGUGUCUCCGAAAAAACAAGUAGCAGAUCAAGGCCCGGAGUCUCCGUUGAAGUGGUGUCGGCAGGCUCUUGACCAUCGCAGCCCAGAGACAGAAAUAGCUUGUCGGACCCUGAUCAGCCGCUUGGACCAGUCGUCUCGGUGGAGGAACAUGUACAGUAGCCCAUCAGCAGAGGCAGGCUCGGCAGGCUCAGGCCUGAUCUCUCCUGGGUACCACAAAUCAACUAACAAAUCCCUACUAACCUGUGGCAGCUCAGGUGUCACAACAAUGCACUCAGCCCUGAGCUCGCAAUCCUCCAUAGACAGUGAGCUCAGCACAUCGGAUGACUCCAUCUCUAUGGGCUACAAGCUGCAGGAUCUCACCGAUGUCCAGAUCAUGGCUCGCCUACAGGAAGAGAGUCUGAGGCAGGAUUACGCCUCCAGUUCGGCAUCCGCAUCACGCCGUAACUCCACCGCCUCUCUACAGUCCCUGCGGCGGGGCGGCAACUACAGUGAUCAGGAGUUUGACAGUUACAGCCUGGAGGACGAAGAGGAUGAGUUCUGCUGCAUGCCCCAGCGACGACAUCGCUUCACCCCCUCGCCUUUAGGCUCACCCCGGUGCCUGUCCCCCUCCACCUCCAACCACGGUCAAGAAUACAGCAGCCGACUCGGGGCCCCACGCACAAGAGCACCCAGACGAUCCCUCCAGGGCCCCAGUCCAGAGCUGCUUAAAUUCGCCAAGAGCGAGGAAGAGUUGCGGCACAGCAUGCCUAAUCUUGCCCCCCGCACCAGCCUACGUUCCCUGGAGGCAGUCAGAAACAGCCGCAGCAUGGAGGCUAACCUCCAGAGCUCUGGCAACCGCAUGUCCCACCUGACUCACUCCCCCUCCACAGGUAUGGCUUGUAGUCGGAUGCGUAGCAGCGGCCAGUCGCCUCUCUCCAUGCGGACUCCAGUUAAAGCCGUCAAUCCUGUGGGCUCCAUGGCAGCUGGUCGUCAGUCUUCAAGAGGUCUGCCUGUUGUCCAAGCGCCGCCUGCAGGAGGGGGACGCAGGGUCCAGUCUCCGGGCUCUGCCAAUGGCGGAGCCUACGGACCCGGGAGAGUGUCCACUGGGGCAGGGAGGGCCGCCGUGGGCAGAGGACAGGCAUCUACCAGAAGUAAACUCUCACAGCCCGCCAGGAGGUCUUUCGGCAUGACUAAAAUGUCAGAUGAAUCCUGGAAAGACGGCUGCUACUGAGCCUGGCUGGGGAUGAAGGAUGUUCACUGCUGCAACCCCUCACCUGACCUCUCCCCAUUACCUCCCAUAGUACAAAGAACACAGCCACCGCGUCCACAAAUGUGUCGUACAACCUUUGGGUCCCCCAUUUCAGAACGGAGCGCUGGGCUGCACUGGAUUCGUAGUGAAGACUCAUCUCUUUCCCUCGCAUGAAAACAUUGUCAACCCACACAGCGAGGCUGUGUAGGCACACAUGCACACUCCACUUGUGAUACGGACCAACUCUGAGCUUCCACAAGAUUUGUUUGUGUUAAUUCUACUUAUUUUUCUAUGGUAAUUGUGAGAAACUGCUGGAAUAUUAUGGGUUGUAUUACAUGUUCUGUUGAUGUAAUUGAUAUGAAGACAAUUUAUAUGAAGAUAUUGGUGGUUUGUUCAUUUUAUGUGUGAAUUCCUACUAGAUGAAGGUGCCGAGUGUUGCAUGCUUGGUUUUGUUGGGUUUUUUCCCCUUAUCAUCAUGUAACUGCAAUAUGAUCCGUGUGAAUUUAUGAAUGUUUGAUUGGUUCAUUGUGGAUCUUUAGAUUUGUGUUGUAUUUGUGUUUUUGCUUACACAAGAAAUGCAACUCCUGUAAAUCACACUGCCCUUAUAAAUAAUACAAAAAUGGAAAAACAUAUGGUUUUUGUGCCAAGGUGCAUUUCAAGCUGCAACACUCUUUUUAAUUCCAGAAGAAUCUCUCCAGUUAUUAAAGGUACUGUUACGGUACUGCAUUUUGCAGGUGUUUUUACUGCAUAUCAAGGUGGUUUUGAGUGAACACCACUGUAAUGAAGAAAAUGUUUAUGCACGAAAGGGCCUUGUGCCUUAUAGACAGCUAUGCACCCUCAUGCAGAGUGCCUCUGACAAUUAGGAGCUGUAAUGAACAUUAAUAAAGUCUACCGUGAAACCUA